AUUUCAACUCCAUUUUCCUUCUUCUACUAUUCCAUAACUGGCUCACCUAAAAAUUUACUAUUCCUAUAAAUUAAUAUGGAAAACAUCAAAAUAUUAAUUAAUAGAUUAAGUAGAUGUCCAACAAAGGAUAAUGCCAAUGCUAUACUAACUAAAUUAUCGGCUUAUGGAGAGUCUCUACCCCAUCAUUUCCCCGAAUUUACUGGCACACUAGAUACAACAGCUGAAGAGAUCUUAAGAUUGACACAAGCUCAGAUACUUACGCGGUAUAAUCCUUUGAAGGUUGAUUCUGAUGUUAUUUGUGCAUAUAGAGCUGUGUCGUUGGGUAUUUUUGGAGACGAAAAGUAUCAUCUAUAUAUCAGACUUAUGGCCAGAAUAGAAAUGAUUCUUUUUAGAUAUAUAUACGACACCAAAGACCCGAAAUAAGUCCAC